GACGACGGAAGCGAGGAUAUUUCGAAAAAGAGAGAAACUUCCAGAGAAAACCAGAAUCUUCACCAAUCAGAAACUUCAAACCAGCAAAUUAUCCUCUGAUAAUCGUUGAGUUCAAUCAAAGCGCUUCCGAAUCUCGAUUUCAAAUCUCCGAUUCAAGUCGUAUAUCAAUUUCUUCAACUAAACCUCUGAAGAUGUCGAUGAUUCCAAGCUUUUUCGGUGGCCGACGGAGCAGCAUCUUCGAUCCAUUUGCCACAUUCGAUCUCUCAGAUCCAUUCGAUUUUCACUUUCCUUCAUCACUUUCAUCUCACUUUCCGGAAAUUGCUCGUGAAACUUCAGCUAUGGUGAACGCUCAUGUAGACUGGAAGGAGACGCCGGAGGCUCAUGUUCUGAAAGCCGAUCUGCCUGGACUGAAGAAAGAGGAAGUGAAAGUGGAGAUAGAAGACGGAAAAGUGAUUCAGAUCAGCGGCGAAAGAAGAGUAGAGAAAGAAGAGAAGAACGAGAAAUGGCAUCGGAUGGAGCGAAGCAGUGGAAUGUUCCAGAGGAGAUUCCGGCUGCCGGAAGAUGCGAAAAUGGAGAAAAUUAGGGCAUCUAUGGAUAACGGAGUACUGACUGUGACGGUGCCGAAGGCGGAAGAAAGGAAAAUGGAUGUGAAGUCCGUUUAGAUUUCCGGCUGAAGGAAUUAAUCUUUGGAAUUGUAAUAUGUGGUGUUUGUUACCUUUGGCGCCUUUUUUUUUU